AUGAUGAAUGCAAAUGGUUUUUUCUUCUUUAAGUUUAAUGAUGAAGGUGGGAUGAUGAAUGUCCUCAAAGAUGGUCCGUGGAUUAUCAAGUCGCAACCGCUGUUCCUUAACACAUGGACUCCUACUACCAAGCUAGAAAAGAAAGAAGUUAAGAAGGUGCAGGUUUGGGUUAAAAUUCAUGAGGUCCCUAUUGCGGCAUACACGGAAGAUGGCCUUAGUUUGAUAGCUACAACAAUCGGUGAGCCAAAAUUGAUGGAUUCUUUUACAACUUCUAUGUGUACGGAUUCGUGGGGCCGUAGCAGCUAUGCUAGAGCGUUGGUGGAAAUUUCGGCUGAUAAGGAGUUUCGUGAGGAGAUUACAAUGGCGAUUCCCGAAUCGGAAGGGGAGGGUUUUAUUAAGGAAACUAUGUAUGUGGAGUAUGGAUGGAGUCCGCAUCGUUGCCCUACAUGUUGUGUCUUUGGUCACACGGUUGAGAUGUGUCCAAAGCGGCCAAUGAAAAAUGUUAGGAAGGACAUGCCAACUCGUAAUGUUCAAAAGAGCAUGCAAUUGAAAAAGGCUCCGAUUGUUGAUCAGGAUGGGUAUAAUGAAGUUCUUGGGAAGAAAGCUGCUAGAAAGACGGGCAUUCCGGUGAAUAAACAGAAGAACAGAUUUGAAUAUCGGCCGGUGGUCUCCAAACCUCAGCCGAAAGGUAGUAAUGGGCCUUCUUCGAUGUCUGUUAAACUGAAUAACCCCUUUGAUGUGUUAAAUCAAGUUGAUUCGGGGGAGGGUACAAGCAAUAAGCAUUCGGGUAUGGGCCUGGAGGAUACGGAUGAUGAGGUUGAAGAUGUGUAUAAUGAAAUGGAUGAUUUUAUGCAGCAAGGCACGCAAAAAAUUCAGAAUAAACAAGGGGCAAGCACUCCUUCACAGGUUGUUGCUGAUGAUUAG